CAAGACCUUCAUGGUUCGAAAGAUCGGGCCAUUGCCUGCCUGAGCCUCUCGCCUGGAGGUCGAAUUCGUCUGUGAACCAAGGUGACAAUGCGUUUCGAAGGCCUGUUGAUCUUCUCAGCUAUAGUGCUGCUGGCGUUGAGGAAAUCAGGCUCUGUCAAGAUACAACCCUCAAAGACUUUUGAAUUAGUCCUUACUGGACAAAAGCUUAAUGGGAAUUACACAUCCUUCUCUUCAAUUAGUGUCCAGAGCUGUGCUUCUCACUGUAUCACCCGUGGCUGCUGGCUGCUGACUUGGGACGUUGCUACGAGCACCUGCAGCCUUCUGGACCCUCUCACUGCCCUGCCUGGAAUCGAAGCAGGACCAUCCACCCUCAGGACGUAUUUCUGCUCUGGCAUAAAUAACGCCAGAGUGAAGAUGUUCCCAGAGAAAAUCAUCUGGACCGAUUGCAGAACAAAAUGUGAGAAUCUGGGAGGGCGGAUGUUUUUACCCCCAGAUUACACUUACGCUGCUGUUUUAACUGUUAUUUCUGGCUCUAUUGUGUAUCAUGUGGGCAUGUAUCGGUUUCCAAAUGACACAAAGACUUGGUACAACAUGGACGGGCAGGUUAUCUCUCCUCCUGUACGUUGGGAUACGAAUGAACCGACCAAUAGCGGAGGUAUGGAGUACUAUGUUCUAUUCAACAACAAGGGAUUAGCAGACAUAAGCACAUCCACUCUCUAUUCGUAUGGUUGUGCUUGUGAAAUAUAGAUGCACACCGUACAUUUUCAGAGAAAUCCACACUCAUAAGAUUGUAAAAUUUCCACUGGAAACGAUUGCACAUAAGUACAGACCCUCAUUAUACGUAUGGGUGCGCUUGUGAAGUAUAGCUCCCAUAUGGACUGUAAGAGACAAUGUUUAUUUUGUUUCUGUUGUAUUAUCUCUGUGAUUUCUCCCUUCAGGGGUUAGUUGAUGGGAUCUGACCUAUAAUUCGUAAUAUACUCACAGCUCAAAUAGAAAUUAGAUUUGCUAAUGAUUGAAAUUGUAAUCACACAUUAAUUGUUAUGAGUAUCUCAGUAUCUGACUUGUAACUUUGUUUGGAAUAAAACAGGCAUUUUCCCUUUUUUUUUUUUUUUUUUUUUUUUUUUUUUUUGCUAAUUGCACGACAGUAUCUUGAGACUUGUUUGCGUAUCUAUCAUCCUACAUGUUAUAUACUAAUGUUUGUGGCACUAGGACGGGUUCUACCUUCAGGGAUAGAUGGCCCUAUACAUUGCACGUAGUGUUCACACUUUGAAAUCCACCCUAUUGUACUUAAAGUGAGUGUAAUUCUUAUUGUAUUAAGCAAAUGAAUUAUUGUUGAAGUUGCAGUUGAAUAGACAGUAUUAUUGAGUUUAUUAUUUACUAUCUUAGUCAAAUGAAUGAGAUUAAUGCUGAAUAUUAUAAUAGAAUUAGUGAUUGACAUAAUGCAGUGAAUGACAGACAUCGUAAUGGUUCUGUCCAUGGUCAAAAUAAAGCAUA